AUGCCGAUCCCGGACUUUGCCAACGAGGCCAUCUUCCCGGCCUUUGACGGCCUCCCCAUCGAGGACGCCGGCGCGGCCGACCCGCCCUCGUACGCCGCAUCCUCCGAGCCCCCGUCCUACGUGCCGCCGCCGCCGCCGGACCCGCCGUCAUACUCUGACUCGCAAUCCGGCUCCGGCUCCGCGUCCGCUGCCGCGGCGUCACUCACCCUGACCGAUACGGCCGCGACGUCUGCCGGCGCCGCCGUCACGCCCAAGCCGUCAUCCCACGACGCGCGGGAGGAGUGGUUCCUCGUCGCCGAGGUGAAGCAGAACAUGACCAUCACGAAGCCGACGCUGGUGGUGGUGGACCGCGGCGGGACCGAGUUCGCGGUGACCUUUGAGGACCGCGGGAUCGAUCUCAGGCCCGUGAGGCAGGGGUGGACGAUUGUUGUGCCGCGGGCGGUGAGGACGGCGCCGAAGGGGGGCAAGAGAGGGUUCGUGAGGGUGCCGGAGGGGAGGGGCACGAGCGUCAAGUACGUCCCCGGCGGGCUGGAGAAGAUUGGGGAGCUCGGGGCGAAGGUCCGGGGGGAUGGGGGGGAAGGCGAGGACGCGGGAAAGAGGCUUAGGGGGAGGUGUGCGGGCUGCGGGAAGGGGGAAGGGGAGGAUGGGGGCGCUCUGAAGAGCUGUACUGCGUGCGGUGUUGCGAGGUACUGUGGCAAGGAAUGCCAAAAGGAGGAUUGGAAGGCGCAUAAGAACGAUUGUAAAGUGCUGAAGGGUAUGGUGAACGCGUGGGGGAUAUGA